AUGUUUCGUUCAGGUGUUUCUACUGCUGCCAAUGCAGUCCGUGUAAGUGCUAGAAACUAUGCCACUUUACGUGAAAUUGAAAUGCGUCUUAAAUCCAUUAAAAACAUUGAAAAAAUCACCAAUACCAUGAAGAUUGUUGCCUCUACUAGAUUGAGUAAAGCUCAAAAAGCCAUGGCUUCAUCUCGUGUUUUCAAUGAAACUGAUAAAGAAUUCUUGUCUAAUGCUGAACCAAAACCAAUUGAAGAAGAAGCUUCUAAAUCUGAUGACAAAACUUUAUUGAUUGUUGUUUCUUCCGAUAAAGGUUUAUGUGGUUCUAUUCAUUCUCAAGUUUCCAAAGCUGCCAGAAAGAGAACUGAAGAAUUAAAUGGUAAUGUCGAUAUUGUUUGUAUUGGUGAUAAAGUCAAAGCACAAAUUUUGAGAACUUAUGCUGACAAAGUUAAAUUGGCAUUCAAUGGUGUUGGUAAAGAAGAACCAAAUUUCACUGAAGUUGCCUUAAUUGCUGAUGAAAUUGCUAAAUUAGGUAACUAUGAAAAUGUUGAAAUUCUUUACAACAAAUUUGUUUCUGGUGUUUCAUUUGAACCAUCUAAAUUUUCCAUUUAUGCUGCUGAUGCCAUUGCUAACUCUCCAGGUUUAAGCAAAUAUGAAUUGGAAAAUGAAGAAAUCACUUCUGAUGUUGCUCAAUUCUCUUUAGCUAACAACUUGUUGACUGCUAUGGCUGAAGGUUAUGCAUCUGAAGUUUCUGCUAGAAGAAAUGCUAUGGACAAUGCCUCCAAGAAUGCUGGUGAUAUGAUCAACAGUUACUCUAUUUUGUAUAACAGAACUAGACAAGCCGUCAUUACCAACGAAUUGGUUGAUAUCAUUACUGGUGCUUCCUCAUUGGACUAG